UCUCCGGCGAUUCGUCCUGUGUGCUUGGAAAAAAAAAGUAGUGGUGGGUAGAUGUGCGUUGCAGCAGUCUACGUUAAUCGGGUUUCAUAAUCGAGGAAAUACUUCGGUGGGGAAGGAGAAAGGGAUCACAGAAAUCAUGGCACAUGCAAUGAAAGAACGAUUCGAUAAGUUCCUCCACGAAAAAAAUCUCUUGACGGAUGUAUUGGUAAAGAUCGAGGCGAAGACCGGGGUAAACAGAUCAUACAUAGCCAUUGCUGUCAUUGCCUUUGUUGCCAUAUACCUCGUGAUUGGGUAUGGAGCCUCCCUGCUGUGCAAUCUCAUAGGAUUCGCCUAUCCAGCGUAUAUUUCGAUUAAAGCGAUUGAAAGCGCCACCAAAGAUGACGACACGAAAUGGCUGACCUACUGGGUGGUGUACGGGGUUUUCAGCGUGGCCGAGUUUUUUGCUGACAUAUUCCUGUCCUGGUUCCCGUUUUACUACAUAGGAAAGUGUGGCUUCCUGGUGUGGUGCAUGGCCCCCACCCCUUCGAAUGGCUCCGUCUUGAUCUACAACCGGAUCAUUCGCCCUUUCUUCCUGAGGAACGAGAGCAAAAUUGACAGCAUGGUGAAGAACAUCUCAGACAAGGCCUCUGAGGCAGCCGGCAAGGUCAAAGACGAGGCUAAACGAGCAACAGCAAACAUCAUGUUUGAAGAGAAGAAGAGCUCUUAAAACGGUCCUAUUCUACCAGCUUCAUCUCUUGAGGGCUAUGGUUAUGUCUGGAUAAAUUAAUGUUGCCUUGAAGUUUCCUUUUAUUAUAAAAUGAAUUGUUUUAGAUCGCUGACUGUUUCGUUUGUAAAAGUGGUAAUCGGCAGUGUUUUGUGAAGACAGGCUAAUGCCUAAAGCUAAGCAGUCCAUGGCUUUUACAGCCUUUGUCUUGCACUUACAUGUGAAAUAGCCUUUAAUGUAUUGACCCUGCUAUGUAAAGACCCUAAUAAAGACAAACUGGCCACAAA